AUGUACUACACAGCACCCGCGACUCCCACGGGUGAAGUUUCGACAGAAAGAGAACGACACGGGUCGGGUGAUUGCGAUCAAAACUUGACUAGCCGCAACAUUUCGGGCGAUGCGAGUGUGACUGGAAGUUGGUGGGAUCGCACCAAGCAUCGCCACAACAGAAAGCACGCUCGAUACUACUACUAUGUGCGCAAAACUCACACACAUCCAUCAUCUCCAGAGCAUCGCCGUGGACCAGAAAGUCUGGCUUCUGAUGCUUGCGAUUGGAACGCCGCGCCCAGAAUGGAAACUAACUACUACUCCGCGGGCGCCAGCUGCGCUCCCGACGCCAAGCUGAACGACGCAGAGAGCGAUGACUUUGAGAUUGGCUGGAGCGAUGCUUGCGGCAUCGUUGAGGGGGAUGGAGAGUAUGCCAUUCAGAAUGUCGAAUGUUAG